AUGUGCUACGACCGCUACGUGUCCAUCUGCAAACCCCUGCACUACGGGACCCUGCUGAGUAGCAGAGCUUGUGCCCACAUGGCAGCAGCUGCCUGGGCCAGUGGUUUUGUCAAUGCUCUCAUGCACACAGCCAAUACAUUUUCCCUGCCCCUGUGCCAUGGCAAUGUCCUGGGCCAGUUCUUCUGUGAGGUGCCCCAGAUCCUCAAGCUCUCCUACUCAAAUUCCUACCUCAGGGAACUGGGGGUCAUUGUUGUUAGUCUUUUGUUUUCAUUUGGUUGUUUUGUGUUCACUGUUUUCUCCUAUGUGCAGAUCUUCAGGGCUGUGCUUCGGAUCCCCUCUGAGCAGGGAUGGCACAAAGCCUUUUCCACAUGCCUCCCUCACCUGGCCGUGGUCUGUCUCUUUGUCAGCACCUCAUUUUUGACUUACCCGAAGUCCCCCUCCAUGUCCUCCCCAUCCCUGGAUAUGGCCUUGUCAGUUCUGUACUCGGUGGUGCCUCCAGCCCUGAACCCCCUCAUCUACAGCCUGAGGAACCAGGAGCUCAAUGCUGCAGUGAGAAGACUGAUGACUGGAUACUUAGGUAAACAUUAA